AUAAAGGUUGGAUGGAGAAGCGUCGAAAAGCGGGGCUAGUGGCUAAACACGUUAGCGAGGAAGACAAUUUGUAUUCUGCGGUGUAAUAAAUUACUUGUGAAAAAAUAAAAAUGGCUGGCGGUAAGGCUGGAAAAGACUCGGGGAAGACCAAGACAAAGGCUAUUUCGCGCUCUCAGAGAGCAGGACUUCAGUUCCCAGUGGGUCGAAUCCACAGACACUUGAAGUCCAGGACCACCAGCCACGGCAGGGUGGGAGCCACAGCAGCGGUGUACAGCGCCGCUAUCCUCGAAUACCUCACCGCCGAGGUUUUGGAGUUGGCAGGAAACGCAUCAAAGGACUUGAAGGUGAAAAGAAUCACUCCACGCCAUCUGCAGCUCGCCAUCAGAGGAGAUGAGGAGCUGGACUCUCUGAUCAAAGCCACCAUCGCUGGUGGAGGUGUUAUUCCUCACAUCCACAAGUCUCUGAUUGGAAAGAAGGGCCAGCAGAAGACUGUAUAACCUGAGGCUCUGUCCUGCUGUCUCUGGACCCAAGUCUGCGUUGAGUGGUUCACUGUCUUAGAUUCAAACACGUUUAGGGUUUUUAUGGUUGAGCUUGCAUUUACUCAUGAUUUUUUUUUAAAGUGGCUUCAGAGAAGCUUUAUAUUUUCCUUCUUCUGGUGCUGCAGUUUGUUUUUGUUAAAUCCAGCUUUUGUGGCAUUCCCAUGUUUUAAGUGGUGUUUUAAUAAAGCCCCUCUGGGUAUUGUUUCUGCUUCUCCCUUCGUUGUGUUUUGGCUGAGCUGCAGCCCUGUCUUCAUUUACUCACCAGGAAAGUGAUCUAUCUGCCACUCAGCACAGACUGCACCAACUAUUUGUGGGAAGAGCCAUGGUGUCAACUGAUUCCUUAGCCUUUUUUUUUUUUUAAGUUCUGACACAUUUUGAUAAAGUUGUACAAAUAAGUUCAUUUUGUUUUCGUCUUCAAGAUGAGAGAAUAAACAGACUUCCUGAA